AUUUAUGUAUCACGUGUUUAAAAAGCUUUCAUGCACUAUGCUGCAUAUGAAUGCUGGUGUAUAGCGGGGAGUUCCAUACAGGGAGCGACUAGCCAAUAAAACCAUAAGCAACUCCCUGCCGGUGCCAGCGGUUAGCUGCUUUAGUGUAUGUAAAGGUCAGGAAUCACGCAACAGAAUAUACCAGCAUGAAUCGAUCUACACAACUAACUCGUAAUUCCGGAAGAAGCGGGGGAUAUAGAGAAAAUACAAUAAAUCAAAGAAGCAACAUGACGGACAGUGAGCAAACGAAUGAGUGUUGUGAGAAAAACCUACCUAGUACUUCAAACCCUCAGAAUGAGCCAGUACAUGCUGAUGGAUACACCAAGAUACCACCAAAUGAAUCAAGACGGAGCAAAACCCAAAGAAUUGCACAGAAAGAAGAGGAGGAUCUGCGGAGAUGGAAAGAGGAGAACCGCCCUGGUCCCAUUCAGCUGCCUCCAGAGAAACUAGGUGGUGCAGUAUCACUGGCAGAAGUUAGACAAAGACAGCAAAUGGAAUCACGCCAGUCAAAGAUGAGAAAAAAGCAAAGACAAGAGGAAAUGGAUAAAAAGAAGAGACAGGCAGAGGAGGAGCAGAUUGAGCAGAUGAAGGCCAAACAGCGAGAGAAGGCCAAUCAACUGGAGAUGAGGAAAAAGCAAGAAGACGUACAGAGACAAAAGCAGUACCAACACGACAAGCAAAUGAAAACCGAGGAGUUUCUUCAAAGAAUUGAGAGGUCCAACAGUAGCGUUUCUAUGGCAGCGAGCAAUUCCAUACCAGCAUCAUCCUGGGCUAAAAGUCAUGAGUACAAGGAAGCCAGAAGAGAAGAGGAGAACACUGACCUGCUUAAGAAGAAAGAGGAGCAGAGGAGAAAGGCAGAUAUUCUGGAGGAAAAACAAAAACAACAGGAAGAGGACAGGAAGAGACGGACCGAAGCUGACCAUCGGCGGGUGAACUUGGCCUUCUUAGACCGUCUGGAGGCGAGUAGUUCAGGUAGGGUGCCUGAACCCGUGACCCAAACCCCUGAAAGCAGCAGUGUCUGGCUGGAUGAAGAUGACGAUGAUGACAUUGACGAACCACAGGAUACAGCCUUAUCCAACCCAUCACAGAUCCACGCAGACCGCUCAGAGGCCGAUGAUGGUGACCAUACAUGGACCCUGAUGAAACUCCAAAACAGGUUUCCGUACUACGAGCGAGAUAUGCUGGAAGAGAUCGUCAAACAGUGUGAUGGGAAUUACCAGAAAGCAUAUGAGCUGCUGGAUGUGUAAAUGAACACAUUGAUCCUGAGUGAUAGAUUGAUCCUAAUGUCGUUUUGUGAGUGAAUUGUGAUUUGGGGAUAAACCGUUCAUUUAUUUAAUGAAGGUUUCUAGCUUAAACAUCAUAGUGUCCUUUGAACUGAAACAAAAACUUCUUUUUUAGUUUGUGCAGUUGGAUUGACAUGGAUUGACACUUAGUCACAGAGAAAAGAAAUCAAAACAAUAAAUCAAGAUUUGAGUCUGCUGUGGGAACAUUUAUGCAUCCCAUGAGGACAAUUCACAGGCUAAAUGAUGUGCGCUCACAAAAUCCAAAGGCUAAUUUAUAAUGAGGUAAACGACUGGAGGAAUUCUGAACUCAUCCACCAUAGGAGUGGACAGUCAAAAACCAAACCAUCACACAGAUCAUUAGCUUCCUCAAUGCUGUAUAGGUUUCUGCUAAAACGGCAUGAAUUUAAAAGAAAAUGCCUCUAUGCAUGUGAAAUAGAGUGCAACAGUCGGGUUCCUGAAGUAAAAAUCCCAUCCAUUUACUCUAUUGGGAAAUGAUUUAUAUAACGAUAACUUAUAAAUUGUUAAAGACAGACUUACUGUGAACUACAAGGCUGUUAAUCAGUGACAUAUGCUUUUGUUGAAGCUAUCAGCUUGCAUUUUUUCAACUUAUUUUUUUACAUUUUUUUCUGUUGAAAUUAUGAGUAGGGUUGGGUAUCGUUUAAAUCGAUUCCGAUUCUUAACGAUUCCUAGUUUCGAUUCCAAAAACAUAAAAAAAAUUAAAUAAAAAUUAGGUCAAACAUUUUUGUUCUGUAUUUUUACAUAGCUUUCUGCUGCAGCUGAAUAACACGAGCAAAAAUCAGCAGCCUACAGAACACUUAGGCCUAAGAGGAUCUUAAACCUAUGGUUUAAACAAAAAAUACCACAGCAAAAACAACUAAACUAAUAUAAAUUUCAAACAUUAAAUUGUUAAAAACAAGCAAACAGUCGGUAAUAAAAUUAGAACAAGCAAAUAAAUGAGCACACUGUAAAAAAUAAAAAACACAAUUUUUGAGUGAGCUUAAAAUAAUUUGUUACCCUGCUGGCUCAAAAUUUUAAGUUCAGUCAACUAAAAUAAGUUUAGUCAACUUGAAAUGUUAAGUUGUACUAAGUAACAACUUAGAUAUUUGUGUAUGCUAAACUUAACAGAUGGGUAGGUAACCCAGCUGCCUUAAAAUUAAUAAAGUUGUCACUUUAAUCACAUAAUUUAACAUUUCAAGUUGAAUAAACUUUUUUGAGUUGACUGAACUUUUUAAAAAAAAUUAUUUUAAGUUGACUCAGCAAAUUGUUUUUUACAGUGCAAUAGCAUAAAUAAAUAAAACUGAACAAUUUACAGGUACAAACAUUUAAAUCAUAAGUUUAAAACAACAAAAGUUUUCUUUUCACAAAUAAAAUAUAGAUUAAUCCUUAUUAAAUUUACGAAAGAUAUUCAGUCAAGAUCAGUGAACAGCUGUUCACUGUGCUCGUGCUUCAGAUGCGUGCGCUGCACACAAACAGUGCACAAUUUUUUUCCCCUUCCUGCGCAUAAAACGUUUAAUUUUAAACUUUAAAAUCAUAUUAAAAUUCGAACACAGGAAUCAUUAAGUGGAACUGAAAUGCGCAUCUUAUCGAAUACCGGGUUGUUCGAAAUUUGGAAUUGGUUCUAAAAUGGAACUGAUUCUCAAUACCCAACCCUACCUAUGAGUCUAAAAGAUAAAUCUCCAUCAAUCAGAGAAUCACAACAACCAAGUCAAUAUUUAAAGAAUUCUUUACUUUGGCACUCCCAUGAAGCACUUCGAAUGACUUAAAGGGAUAGUUCACUUAAAAAUAAAAAUUCUGUCAUUAAUUACUCACCCUCAUGUCGUUCCAAACCUGUAAGACCUUUGUUCAUCUUCGAAACACAAAUUAAGAUAUUUUUGAUGAAAUCUGAGAUCUUUCUGACCCUGCAUAGACAUAUAGUACACUGUCAGAAAAAAGGUACAGUUCUGUUACUGGGGCGGUAUCCUAAAGUACAAAAGUGAAAAGGUACAAAUAUGUACUUUUAAAGUACUAAUAUGUGCCUUUAGGGUACCAAUAGUUUCUCGUUCUUUUUAGGUUAAGAGUCUGGGUGUCAUCCUUGACAGCACUUGUUAGGAGCUACACGUAAAUAAUAUAACUCAUAAAUAAUAUAACUCACAAUUAUUACAAUUUGCGAAACAUUAAAGGAGAAGUCCACUUCCAAAACAAAGAUUCACAUAUAAUGUACUCAACCCCUUGUCAUCCAA